CUUUCUCCCUCCUCGGGUACUACCCACUUUCCCCAAUCCAUCUCUCUCUCUCUCUCUCUCUCUCUCUCUCUCUGCUGAGACCUGGGGUUUCUCUUGAUAUAUUUAGUGAUCGAUUUGGUUCUUUCAAGUUGCUAGAUGUGCUAUCGAAGAUGUUAAUUGAGUUGUGUAAGAUUGAGCACCACAGCUACGCUUGUGCACUCGCCAGUUAGAAUGGCCUUAUUUAUGCAGGAGUUUUUUUGUAUAUGAAUAUUCAAAGGCAAUAAAAUUAUUUUCUGAAAAUAAGUUUCACAAUAUGAAUGGUUCAGCUUCUAACGAAGAGGAAGCUUUGAAUGGAAACAAGAAGAAAUUUGAGGCUGGUGAGCCUCCAAACAUGAAGGAACCUCCGAGACACCGCCCACUAACUCCUCUGAGAAUAUUCCGUGGUGUAUUAUGUCUAGUUGUCAUACUAUCUACGGCUUUCAUGAUGUUAGUUUACUGGGCACCUGUGACCGUUCUUCUGUUUCGGCUUUUUAGUGUUCACUACAGCAGGAAGGGGACGUCUAUUUUAUUUGCCACAUGGCUAUCUUUAUGGCCCUUCUUGUUUGAGAAAAUUAAUAAGACAAAGGUGGUUUUUUCUGGUGACCGUGUGCCUAAAAAGGAACGGGUUUUGUUAUUUGCAAACCAUAGAACUGAAGUCGAUUGGAUGUACUUGUGGGAUCUUGCAUUUAGGAAAGGUAGAUUGGGUUAUAUAAAGUAUAUCCUAAAGAGCAGUUUAAUGAAGUUACCUAUCUUUGCUUGGGGAUUUCAUAUUCUUGAGUUUAUUCCGGUUGAGAGGAAGUGGGAAAUUGACGAGUCAAUCAUGCGGAAAAGACUUUCAACUUUCAAAGACCCGCGAGAUCCUCUCUGGUUGGCCGUUUUCCCUGAGGGCACCGAUUAUACAGAACAGAAGUGUAUCAAAAACCAGCAGUAUGCGGCUGAGAAUGGAUUACCAAUUCUGAAAAAUGUCCUCCUUCCAAAAACAAGAGGAUUCUAUGCUUGUUUGGAACAUCUAAGGAGCUCUUUGGAUGCAGUUUACGAUGUCACGAUCUCGUACAAACAUCGAUGUCCGGUUUUUAUUGACAAUGUUUUUGGUGUGGAUCCUUCCGAAGUCCAUAUGCAUGUGCAACGUAUCCCGAUUAAUGAAAUCCCAACAUCAGAAGAGGAUGCAGCUGAUUGGUUAGUAGAGAGGUUCAGGCUCAAGGACCAACUUCUCUCAGAUUUUGUUUCCAGGGGACAUUUUCCCUGUGAAGGAACCGAAGGUGAACUAUCUACACCAAUGUGUCUGGUAAAUUGUUUUGUCGUAAUUAGUCUAACAAUUAUCUUCAUAUACCUCACGCUCUUCUCGUCUGUGUGGUUCAAAGUUUAUGUAGCAUUUAGCUGUGCAUAUCUUUCAUUUAUCACCUACUAUGGUGUACAGCCACCGCAAGUAUUAGGUUAUGUGAAGGCCAUGUUUGAUGCCAAGAAAACCUCGUAGUUUGAAUCUUGUUAACUGUUUUACCUGAUUGCUAUCAUUGAGCUAUGAAUUUUGUUCCGUGACUUAUUGGUGUCCCAAUAUUCUCUCUAGAAUAUAUGUUUCUCUUGUUAUCGACUAAUUUUUUUAUA